GGUUCAGUUUGUGAGUGGAUUUCGUUCGGUUCGGUCGUGUUCUGUCUGUGCGGUGCGUCGUAUCCAAACAGCUAGUGUGGUGUUGUCUCUUUCUGGCUAACGGGCGACAGUGCAGUGCAGGGGGCAGGAAAAUAUUUUCAAAUCAGUGACUGGGCGAAAAAGAAGAAAAUCUUGCAUAAGUUUCUACGGCUCUGGAAAGCCCGUUCUCCGGGUGGAUUUCAUAUCGAUUGCAAAGGAUUGUGUGCGAAGAGUCAGCGAACAUCAAAAUUGUUGACGAUUGAGAAAUCGCUUCAAAUUAGUGAGUUGAGAUUCAUCCAGUUUUGAUUCCAGAAAUCGACCGCAAGUUGAAUCAUUCUACCAUUCUGGAUUAAGUGUAGUGUGGGAGGAGGCAGCGCGGGAGAUAUAAUGAAGUAAGCCCGUGAGUAAUUGCUACCACCUUCGAAACAAGUUUUUCGACGAAAAGUGAAGAGAAGAAUAGUCGAUUCGUGCGAAUCGGAGUCAGUGCAGAUGCUUAGUGAAUAUUGUACGUGCUCUCAUUCAUGUUUCGAACUUUCUCCUCGUUAAUCGACGAAGUAAGAAACAGCGAAUAUAGGCCUAGAGGAAGUGAGCGAGCAGAAAUAAUAAUAAAUCGUUUCACUCUUACGGGAAACAAUUAUCCUAUCAAGCAACGGUUGUCUUGUGCGCGCGUGAGUUGGGUGUCUGUCGUGUACCCGCCUCAUUCGACAGAGGUCACUGAAAGCCGAAGAUAGUGGACAACCGAGUGAAAAGUGAAGUAAAAAAAUAAACCCCCUAUUCAGUUACAUGCAGGCAAUUUCAUGAUUUUUAAUCUGCAAGUGAGGAAACUUCAGCUACUGUACCGUCACCGUCGUCCGUGAGCACCCAAAUAGACAGGCGGGCUUUCCACGGUUUCUCGCAGAUCGAGACAAGCUGGAAGCUGUACAGCCGAACGAACACCACAAAAACGGCACAUCACAGCGGAGCAAGCGUACUCCGCACCCAGCCUAAGGCAAGAUGGGUGACGUUGAUCCAGAAACGCUACUAGAAUGGCUCUCGAUGGGUCAGGGAGACGAACGGGACAUGCAGCUGAUUGCCCUGGAGCAGUUAUGUAUGCUUCUGCUGAUGUCCGACAACGUCGAUCGUUGCUUCGAAAGUUGUCCCCCACGAACGUUCCUACCAGCGCUAUGUAAAAUAUUUUUAGACGAGCUGGCACCAGAGAACGUACUGGAAGUGACAGCACGUGCCAUCACCUACUAUCUGGAUGUUUCAUCCGAGUGCACACGUCGCAUCGUGGCGAUUGAUGGUGCUAUCAAAGCCAUCUGCAACCGUUUGGUGGUGGCAGACCUCGAAAGCAGAACUAGUCGUGAUCUAGCGGAACAGUGUAUCAAAGUGCUCGAACUGAUUUGCACUCGAGAAGCUGGGGCAGUGUUUGAGGGAGGUGGACUGAAUUGCGUGCUCUCAUUUAUCCGGGACAAUGGAUCCCAAAUCCACAAAGACACACUUCAUUCGGCAAUGGCCGUCGUGUCCAGGCUGUGUACCAAGGUCGAACCACAAGGUGCUAACGUACAAACAUGCGUAGAAAGUCUCAGCACGUUGCUUCAGCACGAAGAUCCACUCGUUGCCGAUGGGGCACUCAAAUGUUUCGCUUCUGUAGCGGAUCGGUUUACCAGAAAAGGUGUUGAUCCAGCACCUCUUGCGGAGUAUGGUCUAGUGAAUGAACUGCUCAACCGGCUGAGUAAUGCAGCGGGACCACAAACGGCAGCCUUGGCAGCCGCUACUUCCAAUGCAGCUCCAACAACGCAGCCAAAUAGUCAAGAGGCUGGUGCCACAGUGCAGUUGUCAUCCUCGGCACCCAAAACGCAAGGGGCAGCCGAAGCAGGGCGAUCAAGUCAAUCGAUCGCCACGACCAUAUCACUGUUAUCUACUUUGUGCCGAGGGUCACCAUCGAUCACGCAUGAUCUUCUCCGCUCAAACUUACCAGACGCUAUGGAACGAGCCUUCAAAGGUGACGAACGAUGUGUUCUCGACUGUAUGAGGCUUGCCGAUCUCAUCCUGCUGCUGUUAUUUGAAGGUCGGCAGGCUCUUGGCAGGGUAGGCGGAACUAGUGGUCAACUAGCUCCCCGAGUGCGAAGAGCCGAUUCUAGUACUGAGCGAACACAUCGACAGUUGAUCGAUUGCAUACGCAGUAAGGACACCGAAGCCCUUAUCGAAGCUAUCGAAUCGGGUGGAAUCGAUGUCAACUGUAUGGACGAUGUCGGUCAAACGUUACUUAAUUGGGCUUCGGCCUUCGGUACAUUAGAAAUGGUAGAGUUUUUAUGUGAUAAAGGUGCUGACGUCAACAAAGGUCAGCGAAGUUCCUCUCUGCAUUAUGCGGCUUGCUUCGGCCGACCGGGCAUUGCAAAAGUGCUGCUCAAGCACGGUGCUAAUCCGGACCUACGGGACGAGGACGGCAAAACUCCUCUGGAUAAGGCUCGCGAAAGGCCGGAUGAGGGUCACCGUGAAGUGGCCUCCAUCCUUCAGUCGCCCGGAGAAUGGAUGACGGCAGCGACAAGAUCCGACCUGAAAACCGAUCCGGAGGAUGGCGAUAGUGAACCCCGAGGGGAUCCGGAAAUGGCACCCGUCUAUCUUAAGUUCUUUCUACCGAUUUUCUGUAAGACGUUCCAAAGCACAAUGCUGACCAGUGUCCGACGGUCUAGCUUAGGUCUGAUAAAGAAAAUGAUUCAAUACGUUCAACCAGAAAUGCUGUCAAGGCUGUGUUCUUCGGAAGGACUUCUAAGCCAUGAGCAAAGCCUUGGUACAUUGCUAGUCGAAGUCGUCGCCAGUGUGCUGGAUAAUGAGAUAAGCUACAGCUGGCCGUCACAACAAACAACACCGUCUCAACUGCCCUUAACCGUUUCCUCCUCUUCUGCCAAUACUACCAGUAGCAAUAGUAUCUUAGUCAAAUAUAGUUGCGCUGACCGAGUGAGCAAGUAUGUCCAGAAUUUAAGACUGCAGCAGCAGUUGCCAUCGCGGCAGCGUCGUAACUCUAGUUCUUACAUAAUUCCACCGCCGCCACCAAUGCUUCCGUUGACCUCAUCCCCGUUACCGGCAGGGUUCGGCGAGAAUCUGCAUCCUCCAGACGGCAACGACAAAAGCAAUAACAACAGCAACAACAACAACAAACGCUGUUGUCGAAGCAAUUGGUCCGAUCUUAGCAUUGCGGACGACGAAGAUGGCCAUCUUGUGGUGCUCACAAUUAUCGAAGAACUCAUGUCCAAAACACAAAACGAUUUCCUCGACCACUUUGCACGGCUCGGAGUGUUCUCCAAGGUGCAGUCUCUGAUGGGAGAGAAUGGUUUCAGUGUCGACGGAGACAACAACGACGUGAUCAAAUCACAGGAUGAGUCGAAAACAUCCACUCAAGAAACUGCUGCCGCCGGUUCUACCACGGCAAGUUCCACCACUGGAACAGCCGCGCCGAAUGCAGUGGAAGACGCCAAAGAAAUUCUCCCCGGGAAGGCGUAUCACUGGAGGGACUGGAGUAUUUGCCGAGGUCGGGAUUGUCUGUACGUUUGGUCAGAUUCGGCAGCACUGGAGCUAUCGAAUGGAUCCAAUGGAUGGUUCCGUUUCAUCCUGGACGGAAAAUUAGCAACCAUGUACUCCAGUGGUAGCCCUGAGAAUGGCAGCGAUAGUUCAGGCAAGGGAAGGACAGCGGAUUCCUUAGCCGGCGAAGAAAAUCGCGGGGAGUUUCUGGAAAAAUUGCAACGAGCCCGCGGAGCGGUGCGGCAGGGAACACCAUCCCAGCCGAUCCUGUCGUCGCCAAGUCUGUCGCGAAUAGUGGUCGGUAACUGGGUACUGCAGAGCCAGAAGGAACAUCAGCUACAUAUCAACAACUCCGAGGGCCACCAGGUGACGAUUCUGCAGGACGAGCUGCCGGGAUUCAUUUUCGAGAGCAACCGUGGCACCAAGCAUACCUUUACGGCGGAGACCCCACUCGGACCAGACUUUGCCGCCGGGUGGAUCAACACCAAGAAGAAGAAAAUGCGUUCAAAGGCGGAGGCGCAGAAAUAUCAGGUCAAAAACAUCGCCCGAGAUCUCUACAAUCGGUACUUCAAAGCAGCGCAAGCCGUUCCUCGAGGUGCCGUUGCCAAGCUGUGCAACAUCGUUCGACAGAUUGAGUGCGCACUGGAGGAACAAUGUGCGCCGAAAGUUAUCAGUCAGCUGCAGGUGCGAAAUCAACCAUCGCAUCCGGAAGGCGGCGGUUUCAAAGGAAAUGGUACAUGGCAAGAUAAGUUGUACAACGCCCUGAACGAUCUGGUGCAGUUGUUGAACGAUGAUGGUGUCAUUAGCGCUUUCGAGAUGCACAGUUCCGGACUUGUGCAGGCUUUGGUGGCUGUGCUGUCGAGGAACUUUUGGGAACUCGAGAUGAACAGAAGCAAGGCGAAUAAAUAUCAGAAACAGCGGAUAUCAAUAUUCAAAAAAUGUAUGUACGGCGAUACCAAAAAUGGGAAGAACACCGCCAGUAUCUUGGUGCAGAAGUUGGUGUCCGUGCUGGAGAGCAUCGAGAAGCUGCCUGUGCACAUGUACGACUCGCCAGGUGGCAGCUAUGGGCUACAGAUUCUCACGAAACGGUUAAGCUUCCGUCUUGAGCGGGCUGCUUGUGAGCAAACUCUUUUCGAUAGAACCGGUAGGAAUUUGAAAAUGGAGCCGUUGGCAACGGUUGGUCAGUUGAACAAAUAUCUACUGAAGAUGGUGGCCAAGCAGUGGUACGAUAUGGAUCGAUCAUCUUUCCUGUAUUUGAAGAAACUGAAAGAUGCAAAGCCAGGAAGUGUGCAGUUCAAACACCAGCAUGAUUUCGAUGAGAACGGAAUUGUUUACUACAUCGGAACCAACGGGAAGUCCACAGAGUGGGUUAAUCCCGCUCAAUACGGAUUGGUCACCGUGACAAGCAGCGAAGGUAAGCAACUUCCUUACGGAAAACUGGAAGAUAUCCUCUCCAGGGACAGUGUCAGCGUAAAUUGCCACACUAAAGAUAACAAGAAAUCAUGGUUCGCGAUCGAUCUGGGAAUGUACGUCAUUCCAACUGCUUACACUUUGCGACACGCCCGAGGUUAUGGACGCUCAGCACUGAGAAAUUGGAUGUUCCAAAUGUCCAAAGAUGGCGUAAGCUGGGUUACAAUGAUGACCCAUUCGGACGACAAAAGUUUAGCAGAGCCCGGAAGUACAUGUACUUGGCCGAUCGAAUGUUCCGCAGAGGAACAACAAGGGUGGCGUCAUGUGAGAAUUCAUCAGAAUGGAAGGAAUGCUUCCGGACAAACUCACUAUUUGAGCUUGAGUGGAUUCGAGAUUUACGGUAAGGUGACCUCCGUUUGUGACGAUAUGGGAAAAGCUGCUGCUAAGGAGAAUGAAGCGCGUCUUAGGAGAGAACGCCGGCAAAUUCGAGCACAGUUGAAAUGCAUAACACAAGGGGCUCGUGUUGUUCGGGGCGUUGAUUGGCAUUGGGAUGAUCAAGAUGGAAGUCCGCCCGGUGAAGGAACUGUCACCGGUGAGAUUCACAACGGCUGGAUUGAUGUAAAAUGGGACCAUGGAUUGCGAAAUUCUUAUCGCAUGGGCGCCGAAGGCAAGUACGAUCUGAAGUUGUCCAACAGUGACAAUCUCACUGCACCGUAUGAUAUGAAUAAUUCCGGCGCAGGACUUGUUUCAAUUAGCACUGCAAAUGCUAAUUCCGCAAAGAAAGUUUACGACAAAUCAUUGAAUGUUCUCACUAGUCGCAAGUCGAGUUCCACUCCUAGCCUUCCGGAGGCAACCGAAAAUAAGUCAUCAGUCGCCUCGACUGAACAAGCUACUUCCGUGGAUAAUCUCGCUUGGAAGCAGGCAGUUGAAGUAAUUGCCGAAAAUGUGAUGUCCUGCGCACGAUCUGAUUUGGCUAACACAAGUGGUGGAAGCAGCAGCAAUGACUUGUCCGCUCCUGGCACCAAUAACAAUAAUUUAAACAACCAUGAGGUUUCUGUAAUUGUUCACUCACUUGGUGAACGUGGAAAUAUCCCAGAUUUAUCUCAAAUCAAUACGAGCACUUCGACUCUAGUCUCAGAUCUGGCCACAAUUACCGAGAACCUUACCCUCUCAGAUAAUAUUAAAAACAAUAUCAGUACCGGUGGUGGAACUCAGUUCGUAAGCAACUUUGGUACUCAACUACCAGCCAGCUCAUCGUCAUCUUCGUCCGAAGAGAACAACAAAACAAACAACAUCAACGAAACCAAUAACAAGAUCAAUCUGAACAACAGCAGUAGUAGCAGCUCUGGUAAAACGGCCUACCUGCCUACUAAACUUGAUGUCCUGGAUAAAAUGAGAGAAGGCGUUGAUAUGCUUCGCAACAAUACCAACAAUCUGCUCUCCUCAGAACUGCUCGCCCAAUCCAACUUGCUUUCGUCCGUUAAAAUAGCCCUCCCGGCGCCUCAACAGCCGCAGCAAACAGGAGGAGCACCCACGGGAACAUUCUUCGUGGCCAGUACCAGUACUAGCAGCACCAGCACUCUUCCAUCCAGCGAUAAAAUCGUAGGAGAUGUUAAAUUUAACAACACCAUCAACAACAACAGCGCGUCAGGCGGUGUUACGAAAAAGGUACUAAAUGAAGUCAAACAACAGGAAUCGGACGAUCGCGACAUUGCCAACAACCUGAAAAACAACAUUGUCCUCGAGUCGGACAGCACAGCUGGCAGUUCGAAAGAGCUAUCCGUUCCCAAUCCUGAGUCUCCGUCGGCGGCAAUCACCGUCAAUCCAAUGAGCGUAAGCGUUCCGAAUCUUACCAGCAAUGAAAACAAUGCUCCCCAAGAAGUGCAAACUCCUCCAGGAUUGCUGGAAACGUUCGCGGCCAUAGCCCGACGACGGACCUCCGGCAGCUCUGCUGGCUCUCAUCAUUUGCAGUCUAACUCAAACGCAUCGACCACAUCAUCCGGCACCAGUGGAACGAACAACGCUCAGCCCAACAACCAGCUCAGCAGUCUCGGAUCAAACAUCCAAGCUGCCAACUCGAGCUUCUUCCCGAGGGGACAAAAUUCCGUCACUAGUCUAGUCAAAUUGGCCCUAUCGAGUAACUUCCAUAGUGGAUUGUUAAGCACCGCACAAAGUUAUCCUAGUCUGUCGAGUUCUUCGAACAAUACAAAUUCCUCUAACGGAGGAACGAAUAAUAACACCGUUGGUGGAAUCGGAUCCAACAGUGGAUCCGGUCAAGGGGGAAAUGUCCAAGCCGUGCUGAAUCCAGCCCUGACGAUGAGUCUCACCUCAACCAGCAGUGAUAGCGAACAGGUUUCCUUGGAGGAUUUCCUGGAACAGUGCCGUGCUCCUACACUACUAGGAGAUCUGGAUGACGAUGAAGACAUGGAAGAUGAGAACGAUGACGAUGAAAACGAGGACGAAUACGAAGAAGUCGGAAAUACCCUUCUUCAAGUGAUGGUGUCUCGCAAUUUGCUAUCGUUCAUGGAUGAGGAAACUUUGGAAAAUCGGUUGGCAGCUGCUGGCAAACGUAAAUCGUGGGAUGACGAAUUCGUUCUUAAACGCCAAUUUUCUGCACUCAUUCCGGCAUUUGAUCCACGCCCUGGUAGAACCAAUGUCAACCAAACCAGUGACCUGGAAAUCCCUGCUCCUGGUAAUUCUACUGAUAGUGGCCAUUCCAGCGGUAAUCAUUCGGAACACGCUCCUUUGCCCCAGCCGUCUCUUGCUCUUCUUCUGCGUGGUCCCAACAUCAAUGGAGUAAGCGAUGUUGAAAUUCCAUUGUCACAGCCUGAUUGGACCAUAUUCCGAGCAGUUCAGGAACUGAUCCUCCAAACCAAUAUGACGAAGCAGGACAAGUUCCGUAAAAUUUGGCAACCAACGUACACCAUUGUCUACAGGGAAGCCACUUCAUCGUCCGGAGUAGGAUCCUGCCGAGGAGAGGACUUCAGCAGCGGAGAAGAAGGACGAGCCACUCCUGUGGUUUCCAUGUUUUCUCAGCGCAGCGGAGGCUCUACUCUUUCGCCUAGUUCUCCCAUUCCCGGAACACCAUCCAAUCCGGCAGCCUCAGCUCAUUGCACUGUCGACGACGUCCUUCAGCUUCUCGGUCAACUGAAUGCGAUCAACCGUACCUUGGCAUCAUCUCCAUCCAACAACGACAAGAACCUCAUUCCGGACAUGGAAUCUAACAAUCUCAAUCCGGAUAUAUUCUUGAGCAAAAAAAUUACCAACAAACUGCAGCAGCAAAUACAAGACCCACUGGUACUAGCGAGUGGCAGUCUACCGAAAUGGUGCGAAGACUUCAACCAAAACUGCCCAUUCCUGUUCCCGUUCGAAACCAGACAGCUGUACUUCAGCUGCACCGCGUUCGGCGCCUCCAGGAGCAUUGUCUGGCUACAGUCGCAGCGCGAUGUGAACCUUGAACGCCAACGAGCGCCGGGAUUGAGUCCCCGGCAUGCCGAUCAGCACGAGUUCCGCGUGGGAAGGUUGAAGCACGAGCGCGUCAAAGUUCCCCGCGGGGAAAAUUUACUCGAAUGGGCACAACAGGUCAUGAAGGUUCAUUGUAAUCGAAAGUCGGUUCUUGAGGUGGAGUUCGUUGGAGAAGAAGGCACCGGACUUGGACCGACGCUUGAAUUCUACGCUCUGGUAGCGGCCGAACUGCAAAGAAGUGAUCUGGGUAUGUGGCUGUGCGACGAUGAACCCAAGCUGAUCGAGGAUGAAAUCGAUCUAGGAGAGGGCAGCAAACCUAUCGGCUACUACGUUCGGCGCUCAACCGGGCUAUUCCCGGCCCCAUUGCCUCAGGAAUCGGAAAUUUGCGACUUUGUGUCGAACUACUUCUGGUUCUUGGGAGUAUUCUUGGCGAAAGUGCUGCAGGAUGGUCGUCUAGUAGAUUUGCCAUUAUCGAAUAGCUUCUUGCAAUUGCUGUGCAACAACAAAUCUCUUGCCAGGGAUUCGCUAAGUGAGCUUUCUUCCAAGUCUGCCUUGCAUGAUGAUGUGAUGAUUUCCUCGUUGAUGUCUGAGGAAAGUGAUCGGGAUCUGGUGGAUUCCUAUCAGUCCAAGCUGAUGAACGAUGGCUGCUGGUACGAUGGAAUUCUAUCCCAGGAGAACCUUCAGGAAAUCGAUCCAAUUCGGUAUGAAUUUUUGAAGGAGCUGCAAGAGUUGGUGCAGCAGAAGCAAAACAUCGAACAGAAUGAUGAUCUCACCUCCGAGGAGAAACUACUGCAGAUAAGCGAGCUUAAGUUCAACACCAAAACUGGCAGCGUUACUUUGGAGGACCUCGCUCUCACGUUCACCUAUCUACCGAGUUCGAAGAAUUACGGCUACCAGUCGGCAGAUCUGAUCCCGAACGGUGCAAACAUCGACGUGACGAUCAACAAUGUCGAGGAGUACUGCAAUUUGACCAUUAACUUCUGUCUACAAGAAGGCAUUGCGAAGCAACUUACUGCGUUCCAUCGCGGGUUCUGUGAAGUAUUCCCACUGAACAAACUGGCCGCAUUCACUUCGGAAGAAAUUCGCAAGAUGUUGUGCGGUGAGCAGAAUCCAGAAUGGACUCGAGAGGACAUUAUGACAUAUACCGAACCGAAACUUGGAUAUUCCAAAGAAAGCCCUGGAUUCUUGCGCUUCGUCAACGUGUUGAUGGGAAUGAAUGCCAGUGAAAGGAAAGCAUUUUUGCAGUUCACUACUGGCUGCAGCAGUUUGCCACCAGGUGGGCUGGCCAAUCUGCAUCCACGAUUGACAGUGGUACGAAAGGUGGACGCCGGCGAGGGAUCCUACCCUUCGGUCAACACCUGCGUUCACUAUCUCAAACUACCGGAUUACCCGAACGAGGAAAUUCUGCGGGAGCGGCUGCUCACGGCCACUAAAGAGAAGGGAUUCCAUCUUAAUUAGAAUGGUUGCAGUUUGACAGUAACAAAUAAAUCCACACAAUUUGAGUUAAUGAUAUCCUACUUCACAAACCCCCUAAAUGGAUUAUGAUUAGUAAAAAAAAACAUAUUUUCUAGAUAAUGAGCUCAUCUAUAAAGUAAAAAUAAAAUAUGUUUCAAGCAAGGGAUACAAGAGAGUAAAAACGAUAAAUAUAUAUAAAUAAAUGACAGCUUUCCGAUUACUUAAAGUUAUCGAUCUGAUGUGGUUUUUUAUGUUGUAAAACACUAAAAUAUUGAGAUGCAAUUACUGAAGAAAAAAAAACUUACAAUAGAUAAGAUUAAUGCGAUAAAUAAAAAUUAAAUUGAAAACCAACACAUUUUAAGUUUGCUGUGAGUAAAAGAAAGUUAUAUACCCGCUCCAAUUAGAAUUAGUUGAGGACACAAUAGAUUCAUCAGUUAUAAUUCAAAAUUGUUUAUUGUACAAAGAUAAUUAAAAUAUGAAGGCCCAACAAAUACGCUAAAUUUUCAAGCUUGUGAACAAGUCAUACAACUACCACACGAGCAUUGCGUGAUUAAAAUCAUAAAUUUCACCUUAUUUUCAGCACGUUAGCAGCCUAACAAAAUUUGUAAAUCAAUAUAUUUUUAGGACAAAUUUUGAACUAACAUGAUCGAUCAAAAAUAGAGAAAAUGGAUUCAAAUAUUAUUCGAUACUGGAAGUUUAAAAAACGUUGAACUUCUUAAACACACAACAGCUUAAGAAUCGAAAACUAAAUAAACGUAUAUAAAUAAAAGAGGGUAUGUUUACACUGUAUCAAGAUCAAAUCAAAAUUAACUAUGGCAACAAAUAUACAGCGGCUGAAAACAGGUUCUGAUAUUUAUCGAGAAAAAAAAACAAUUAAAAGUGCAGUCAUAUGAAAAUCACAUCAAUAACGAAUUUUAAAUUCACAAAUUAAACAGCAUGUUGACACAAAA